AUGGUGCUUUCCUGCCUGCCGUGUUGCUCGAAAGGCGACGAAACGGAGGGCAGAGAGAAUCUCAUUGAAAAUGAACCAAACGAUGAUCUCAAACCAAAAAAGCGAGCUUCAAUCCGGGAAUUUUACCGUUUCGCUUCAUGGCUCGACAUAUUCUUGACAAUUUUUGGUAUUUGUUUAUCGCUAUGCUCGGGAAUGGGAUACCCUUUGAUGUCGACAGUGCUCGGAAGGAUCUCACAAGCAAUGAUCAACUAUGAUUUUGUAAGAAAAAAUGAAACAAUUGGCCCGGAAGAGCUGCAAGAAGCAAAAGAAAUUCUCAAUGUGAAGAUCUCGGCGUGUUGCUGGGAUUUCGCGUAUAUCGCCGGCGCGUGGAUGAUAUUGUCGUUCUUUCAGACUUCUUCAAUGAUGUACGCGUGUGAGAACAUUUGCCAUCGGAUACGAAAGAAAUUCUUUAUGGCAAUUUUACACCACGAAAUCGAGUGGUUCGACAAAAAUUCGUCGGGUGAAUUGUGCACAAAAAUGUUUGACGCCUUGGAGCGGCUGAAAGAGGGCUUUGGAGACAAAUUCGCCAAAGUUUUCCACAACAUUGGCCAAUUUAUCUCGGGAAUGGCGAUCGGAUUUGCCUACAAUUGGCGUCUCGCAGCGAUCAUGUGCUCAAUGACCCCAUUUCUCGUAAUGGCUGGUGUGCUGUAUAAUCGAGUAAUGGGUCAAUCGGCUGCUGAUUCAGCAAAGCGGUAUGCAAAAGCGGGGAAAGUCGCGGAAGAGGCAUUGAGCUCCGUUCGAACGGUCAUUUCUUUUAAUGGUCAAGAGCAUGAAUGUAAAAAAUACGAGAAAGCUCUGACCGACGCUUGCAAAGUGGAGAUCAAGAGAGCCGUCAUGAUCGGUCUCAGCUCCUCGGUCACCUAUUGCGUAUUCGAUUCUCUGUACUGUGUGGCGUUCUGGGUGGGCACCGAUUAUGUGUACUGGGGAUUGACAUCAGCUCAGACAAUGAUUACGGUGAUCAUGGCGGUGAAAUUUGCCUCUUUUGCCCUGGGAUGGGCUCUUCCAGACAUGGGAAACACGGCGAGCGCGCUUGGACAAGCCGGCGGGAUCAUGGAGAUCAUUGAUGCGGUGACACCAGAAGAAAAGAAAAGUACACUGAAACCGAGCCAUAUCGAGGGAAGGAUAAGAGUGAGAAAUGUUCAUUUCAUCUAUCCGAGUCGACCAGAUGUACAGAUUUUGAAGGGAAUUUCCUUUGAGUGUCAACCCGGGGAAACGGUAGCUUUGGUCGGUGCGUCGGGUUCGGGAAAAUCGACGAUUGUCCAGCUUUUGCUCAGAUAUUAUCAACUCGAAAAUGGAAAUCUUGAAAUCGAUGGAAUCCCGGUGGAGAACUUCGAUGUGGACUUUUUGCGGAAAAUCGUCGGCGUUGUGAGUCAAGAGCCGGUGCUCUUCAAUAAUACAAUUCUAGAGAAUCUAAGAUUUGGAAACGCGAAUGCAAGUGAUCGAGAGAUUCAUGUGGCUCUGAAGAAAGCUAAUGCACUCAACUUCAUUUCUGAAUUUCCCGAUGGUUUAAACACUCUUGUUGGUGAUCGUGGCACUCAAAUGUCUGGUGGACAAAAGCAGCGAAUCGCCAUUGCGAGAGCUCUUCUCAGAGAUCCGCGAAUUCUUCUUUUAGAUGAAGCAACUUCGGCAUUAGAUGCAGAAAGUGAAGGAGUUGUGCAACAAGCAUUAGAGAAUGCAAGUCGUGGUCGAACAACGAUUGUGAUCGCUCAUCGACUCUCAACCAUCAAGAACGCGCACAAGAUCAUUGUCAUCAAAAAUGGAGAAGUUGUCGAGAGUGGGAAACACACCGAGUUGAUGACCAAACAGGGACACUAUUUCGACUUGGUGAAUGCGCAAGUUUUCGCCGACGUUGAGGCACAUAAAGAAGUUAGACCUGGCUAUCUGCGACAACGAAGCAAUCGUUUUUCGACUGGAAGUGAUCCAGUGGAAGAUCUUGAUCACGGGAAUAAGCUGCAAAUUGCGAACAAAGAAGAGAAUGAGUCAGAGAUGGAUCGCUUGACGAGAGAAAUCAAAGAGGAGGGCGUUUCGACGGUGAGCCUUUUCCGAAUCAUGAGCCAUUUGGGGUCGGAUUGGAAAUAUUUCAUGAUGGGGUGCAUUUGUGGACUGAUUGAGGGUCUAGCCUACCCGAUGUUCGGCUUCUUCUACACAAAUGCUUUCGAGAUCUUUUCCGAGCCCGAUCAUGAGCUGAUGAGGCAACGAGGUCAUUGGGCCGCUUUGGGCUUUUUGCUGAUCGUCGCCAUGGAUGCUGUGAUUCCGGCUGGAGGGGCAAUCAACUUCGGUGUCACCGCCGCGCGGGUUGUCGAGAAGCUGCGAUACAAGACUUUUAAAAAUGUACUCAGCCAAGACGGGGCCUACUUUGAUUCGCCGAAGCACUCAGCCGGGAAAAUCUCGACUCGCCUAGCAACCGAUGCUCCGAAUAUUAAACAAGCUAUCGAUUACAAAUUGGGAAAUGUGUUGCGAGCUGUUGUGGCCCUUAUUUCUGGAUUGGGUGUGGCCGCGUAUUUCUCUUGGCAAAUGACCCUUUUGAUGCUUGUCGUCGUGCCGGUGAUCUCGUUGACUGAAUUCUUGUGGGAGAAACUUUUCAACGCCACCUCGAUCGAGGAUCUCAAGUUGAUGGAAGCGAGUGGAAAGGUAGCAAUGGAGUCGAUUGAGUGCAUUCGAACCGUUCACGCUUUAUCAUUGCAAGGAGUGAUGCACGAGAAAUAUUGCACCCUCAUUGAGCGGCCCCACAAAACAAAUAAGAGGAAAGCUUUUGCGCAGGGAGUUAUGACCGGUUUGAUGAACGGUCUUCAGCCGCUGAUGGACGCGGUUGAGUUCCGCUUCUCUGGGUGGAUGAUCAUGAAGGAUAUGGUGAAAAAUCCGUUUGAUGCCUGGAGAGCUCAGUUCUGUAUCGAGUUCUCAUCGGUGGCCGUCGGACAGGGUGCCUCGUAUUUCCCCGAUUACAAAAAGGCCAAAUUCUCGGCUGGGCUUUUGUUCAAAAUGAUGAGAGAGCCGACGAAAAUUGAUGGAUUUGCGAGAAAUGGAUUUGAGGUUCAUUUAAAAGCAACCAACGGCAAGGUCGACUUCGAAGAUAUCAAGUUCACCUAUCCGGAGAGAAACGAUGUUGAAGUGUUGAAAGGAGUGAGCUUCUCGAUUGAACCGGGCCAAACGGUGGCCGUUGUUGGUCCGUCGGGUUGCGGAAAGAGUACACUUGUGAGUCUCCUCCAGAGAUUCUACGACGUCACGGAUGGAGCUGUGAAAAUCGAUGGUCGAGACAUUCGACUGAUGGGAGCCGCGGAUUUGCGAUCACAAAUGGCUGUUGUUUCACAGGAGCCAAUCUUGUUCGAUGACAGUAUCAGGAACAAUAUCCUUUACGGACUCCACCGUGAAACGAUCAGUGAAGAGAGGGUGACCGAAGCGGCAAAGAAAGCCAACAUCCACUCAUUUAUCUGUUCUUUGCCUAGAGGCUAUGACACAAAUGUUGGAGAUAAAGGAACGCAACUAUCUGGGGGUCAAAAACAACGAGUGGCCAUCGCUAGGGCUUUGGUGAGAAAUCCAAAGAUUUUGAUUCUUGAUGAGGCGACGAGUGCUUUGGAUACGGAAAGUGAAAAGGUCGUUCAAGAGGCGCUCGACGCCGCAUCGGAGGGUCGAACUUGUCUAGUGAUUGCCCACCGUUUGAGUACAAUUCGAAAUGCCCAUCGAAUUGUUGUGAUGAAAGGAGGGGAAAUUGUGGAACAAGGUAAUCACAAAGAAUUGUUAUCAAUAAAAGGAGCCUAUUACAAUAUGGUUUUACAACAAGAAAGACGGAGACAUUCGACGGAGGGCGGAGGCGGACAAAUUGAGGAAAUGAUCAUUAUCUCAAAUUCUGAGAAACACAGCUCAAUGAGAAGCUCUUCGGCAUGGGGUUUUCUCAAGAUUUCUAUAUGUUUCCUUGAAAACUUUGAUCUUUUCCUAUUUUUCACGGGUAUUUUGAUCUCGAUUCUCUCGGGUUACGUGCACAAUCAACAUUUCUAUGUGAUCAGACAAAUUUGGCAACUUUUCAUUGAAAAGGAGAAGAUUUUGACUAAAAAUGAGCUUUCAAAUUCGACGAAUCUCGAGGAUCUCAUAGAUUUCAACGACCGUUUAUCGGCCUCGUGUUGGAGUGUUUUCAAAUUUGGAAUUUUUUCGGCUGUGCUUGUUUUCUUGAUGAAAACGACUUUCAUGACGGUGGCGGAAAAUCUAUGUCAUCGAAUGCGGCAACGAGCUUUUAUGAUCAUUCUAAACAAAGAUCUUAUUUGGUUUGACGAAAAGAAAACGACGGUUUUGUCUGCAAAUAUUAUCGAAUCGUUAGAAAAGUUGAAUAACGGAUUCGGGAUUAUUCUCGCACACAUUGUCCGCCACUUCGUGAUGCUCAUCUUUGGAGCGAUUCUCGCUUUCUCCUAUGACUCUUCAUUGGCGCUUUUGAUGUUCUCGAUCACUAUUGUUUCUUCAUUUGUCAGCUACUUUUUCAACAAGAUUGAGGAAAAGCUCCAAGCCUCGAUGAGCUCAUAUGAUAAUGCGAAUGCUAUCACACAACAGGCUCUCAGCUGCAUCCGAACCGUGCAAGCGUUCAAUGGCCAAAAACACGAGGAAGUAAAAUACAAAAGCGCUCUUGAUGAUUGCAUCAAAAUCGACAUGCAAGUGCAAAUGUAUUUGGGUUUGUCGACGGCGUUUCUUUACUCGAUGAGCACCAUCAUAAAUGGACUUCAAUUUUGGAUUGCAACUGAAUAUGUUUACUGGGGAUUGGCCCAGUUGCAGACGGUUCUAAUUGUUGGUCGAGCCGCUCGCGCCGCUUGUUCCUCAUUUGGCGAGUUGCUGAGCGACUGGUCGCAAUUUCGUCGGAAUCUCGUCGAAUCGCAAACACUUUUUGAGUUGCUUGGAAAUGAUUUGAAAGAAACGAAUGCAAAACUUUCAAGAAAAACAAGAGAAUACGAAAAUCUGGAGCUAACUGGCAAGUUAGAGAUCAAAGAUUUAAGCUUCACCUAUCACAAUCGAGAAGCGCAAGUUUUGAAGAACAUUUCAUUCACUUGUGAGCCGGGGGAAAUGGUGGCCCUUGUGGGUUCAUCUGGCUGCGGAAAGUCAACCCUCUUGCAACUCGUUCAACGAUUCUACGAGCCAACGAGUGGAAAAAUAUUUAUUGGAGACAGGUGCAUCGACAGUUUUCCAAAAACCGAGUUGAGACCCCAGUUUGGAGUUGUUGGCCAAGAGCCGGUUUUGUUCAACUCGUCGAUCAUUGAGAAUAUACGUUUUGCAAAUCCGUCAGCCACGGAAGCCGAGGUGACGCUGGCACUCCAAAAGGCCAAUGCGCUCGACUUUGUGAAAAGACUUCCAAAGGGUUGGCACACAAGAGUGGGUGAACGUGGCACGCAACUGUCGGGCGGGCAAAAGCAAAGGAUCGCGAUUGCGAGAGCGAUCAUCAGAAACCCAAAAUUUCUUCUACUCGAUGAAGCGACAAGUGCCCUGGACGGAGAAUCAGAAAAAGAAGUGUUGAAAGCGCUUGAAAAGGCUUCAAAGGGGAGAACAACAGUUGUGGUUGCACAUCGACUUUCAACAAUUCGCAAUGCCGAUAAAAUCCUUGUGAUCAACCAAGGAACAAUUGUCGAAUCGGGGACACACGAUGUUUUGAUGAAAUUGGAGGGGCAUUAUGCUGGAUUGGUGAAGGCACAGCUCACAGAAAGGAUGCCUUCACAUAGACAAUCCACCGAUGAAGAGCUGCAUUUUACCGAAAAUGAACGGGAAGAGCUUUUGGUGCAUUUUGUGAGUGGAAAUGAUGAUGAAGAACAUGAGAAAGAUGUGGAACGAAUCAAAAAAGAAGCCCAAGAAGAGGGCGUACUCGACUUCUCGGGUAUCGAACUUUUCAAAGAAGCCCUUCCCGAUUGGAAAUAUCUCUUACUUGGGCUAUUUGUAUGCUCUUUUGAAGGUGUUUUCAUGCCCGCCUAUCAACUACCACAAGCUACAGCGCUACAGUCUUUCGCCGAAUUGGAUCCGGAAGAGCAGCGAAGAAAAGGACGAAUAGCCGCCAUUUGGAUGAUUCUACCGAUUCUUGCCGAUUUUUUCGCUACACCACUAGAAGUAUUGGGCUUUGAGACAACAGCAAAUCGUCUGUCAACAAGACUUCGGACAAAGAUCUACUCGAAUCUCUUGCAUCAAGACGGAUCCUUCUUCGAUAUUCCCCAGCAUGCCGCCGGUCGGCUGACCACCCGUUUGGCCACAGAUGCGUAUUUUAUGCGAAGAGCAGUCGGCUUCAAAUUGAGCUAUUUCCUGAAGGGGAUUCUCGCGUUGAUCGUCGGAUUGUUCGUCUCUUUCUAUUACUGUUGGCCGAUGGCUGUUUUGAUGACCCCGAUGAUUCCAAUUCUGGCGUUCAUUGAGACGAUUUGGAGGGGAGUAUUUGAGGCGAGCUCUUAUGAGGAUAAAAAGUUGAUCGAGGAGAGUGGAAGGCUAAUGACCGAAUGCGUGGAGAACAUCAAAACUGUGCACUCGUUGAACAUGGAAACGGUGAUGCACGAGAGAUUCUGUGAACUCAUCGAGCGACCUCAUCAGAGGAAUAUUCGAAAAGUUUUUGCACAAGGUGUGAUCUCUGGGCUUCACGAGAGUCUCGCGACUUUCCUCCGGGCAAUCGAGUACUCGCUGGGCGGAUGGAUUAUCAACUCGGGAUACGGGAGACCGUUAGAUGUAUUCAGAGCUCUAAUGGUGAUGGACUCAGCGGGUCACUAUUUCGGCGAGACUUUUGUUUAUUUGCCCGAGUAUCGGAAAGCUCGUCUGGCUGCUGCGCUUGUGUUCAAACUGAAAAGGGAAUCGGAGAUUAAAAAUGAUGAAGAUCGAAAAAGUUUACAGGAUAAUUUUGGCCAAAUCACAUUUGAGGACGUGACUUUCGCCUAUCCACAAAGAGCAGAGGCAAAUGUGUUGGAUGGUAUUUCUUUUUCAAUUGACUCUGGACAAAAAGUCGCAUUGGUGGGAUCGUCGGGUUCGGGGAAGAGCACAAUCACUGCGCUGCUUCAACGAUUUUAUGAGCCGAAUCAAGGGAAAAUUAAGGUCAAUAAUUACGAUAUCACUUCCCUGUCGAAAAACGAUCUCCGCGCACAUUUUGGACUCGUCUCACAAGAGCCAAUCCUUUUUGAUGAGUCGAUCUUUGCUAAUAUCUGUUACGGUUUACCAGAAGAGUUGAUCAGCAGAGAGCAAGUGAUCGAAGCGGCAAAGUCGGCCAAUAUCCACUCAUUUAUCGAGUCACUUCCCGAUGGUUACAAAACAAGAGUCGGUAAUAAGGGAUCGUAUUUGUCUGGAGGCCAAAAGCAAAGGAUCGCGAUCGCACGAGCGCUGGUGCGAAAUCCGAACUUUUUGAUAUUCGAUGAAGCGACGAGUGCAUUGGAUGCAGAAAGUGAAAAGAUCGUUCAAGAGGCGCUCGAUUCGGCCUCAUUUGGCCGCACUUGUCUAAUCAUCGCUCAUCGACUGAGUACGGUGAAAAACGCCGACAAAAUCAUUGUGCUCUCAAAUGGGAAAAUCGUGGAACAGGGCACUCAUACGGAACUCCUCGAAAAACACGGUGCUUACUAUAAACUCGUGAGACAUCAGAAAACUCGC